AUGUCACAACGACCCCCGAAAUCUGAUGGGCCAGACUCUGGUUUUGGCAGAAUCCUACGCAGCAUGGGUUCAGGAACAGAUGUUCUUUCAAUGUCGGCGAAGUCUUCGCGAGCCACCCUUCCUCACGCCAAUCCCCCACCCACCUACGUCUCAGAAUCGGAAGCGGAACAAUUGAUAUAUGCAGAGAUCGAGCGACCGGUCAAACUCUCCGAAGUCGCCCUUUAUUUGGUCAAUGGCUUCCUCGAUCAGGUCCUCUACGAUAUCCUCUCCAAAUCACAUUCCACCACGUUGGGCGCCAUUCGGGCUGCGGUACCGGUUGUCUUGAAACAAAGAUUGGGAAAAUCUGCGGUCAAGGCUGCCGACGAAGAAUUGCAAGACUAUCUUGAAGAAGAGGAGAUGGAGGAACUCCAAUCCGCCAUUGGUGUCCUUGAUCCUAAAGCGGAGUUUGACGUCGACCUCGCUUGGAAGCUUACAAGACUGCGUUGCAUGGUCUAUGCUAAGCUUGGAGAUAUGGAAGAGGAAGAUGAAGAAGAAUAUCUGGAUGACGAUGACCUGAGGGACCAUAUCAGCCGAGUCAAGGAGUCAAUUAGGGCUUCUGUGACGAUCACACCGCCGUCCGCUAUUUUCUUGACCACAGUCCUGGAAUUUCUCGCCGAGCAAGCUCUGUGUAUUGCCGCGCAACAUUCAAAAAGGCGUCAUACGCUCCCCAGGAGCCCAAGUGCAUCCGAGUUACCUACAGAGAGUCAAGAUUCUGAUCAGGAUGUCCUCGUCAUCGAGGAGAUAGAUAUGUCAGGAGUGGGUAAAGAAGGCCCUCUCAUCCGACUUUGGCGCUCGUGGAAAGGCAGCGUUCGCACGGGUGGGAGCAUAUCGUCUCGCCCGACAACACCCAAUAUCAUGUCGCCUUCAAGUCCAGACUCCCCGAGCCAUGAGUGGAAGUCUCCCUCUGCUCCAAUCUCGACUAUUCAAGAAGAGCGCAGCCCAUCUAUUCGGCCAACGGACAGUCCAUCACCGGCUGACAUUCCGCUUCCGAUGGGUGACAACGAUGUGGAGGAGAUCGAAGUGCCGGGACUGGCCCCUACUUUUGAAGACGAGCCCGAGGAUGAACCAGACCAACGUCCCACGCUUGAGAACCGAAGGCCCUCCAGUAUGCUUAUCAUGCCCGGCAAUUUCCCAGACUCUUUUUCGUCAACAGCCGAUGAGCAGAGCACAGAGAGACCUGUUUGGAAUAGACGAAGAUCACAGUCAUUGCCCACCUCGACGCAAAAUGCUUCGGCUGCACGAUUGAGGAACAGGACGAAAAGAGAAAAUCCACCUGAAGUUUCUGCCACAACCGUAGAGGCAACCAAAUCCGAACAAAGCGCUCAAGAGAAAGGCGAGAAACCCGAGAUACCUGAGAACCAUGAUUCGGAACCACCACAGGAACAGAGACUGUCCAGUCUGCGAUCAAAUGCAAUCAGCACCACCGUGGCCACCAUUGCUGGUGCAUUAAGCGUGGAAGCGUCCAGAGCACUUCGCAGAGAUCGAUCAACUCAAAAUCGAUCUGCACCAGAUUCGCCCGAGACUGCUGUGGAAGUUAGGCCUUCUAUUGACACAGAAGAUGACUUCGACCGUAUGCAUGUUCCAGUUCGAGCAUCGACCUCUGAAAUGGCGUCGCCAAACAUAGAGGAUCAUGAAGCAGGAAUUCAACCUCAAGGCCAGACAUUGAGUCCUGCGGACGAGCCGGAUGCGGAAGAAAACAACCAGGCCAAUCCUCGCGAUUCUGGUUUUGGCGUUGUUGCUUCCGAAGACGAGCUUCCUGCAGAAGGCGAAAUCGCUCCUACUGUCGAACAAGACUCGUCAAUAACGCAUGACGAUCAGGUAGCCGUCAAUGACCAACGUUCUAGUCAGGUUGAAAGCGUAGGCGACGGGGCAAGCGCGACGGAGCAUUAUGACGGAUAUGCUCUGAUCCAUCAAACGCCAGGCCCUAGCACCGAUCACAACAACUUUGAUUCCACCAUUGUACAGGGAACGGCCGGCUCUAAUAUCCCGGCCGCUGCCUCGACUACCACCACAUCUGACACAUCUGAAGCUGCGACAUCUUCUGCAUGGCCUGCUGUGAUUCCUAAUCGUAGGUCAUCUCUAGAACAAAAGACAUCUGAGCGGUCACCUGCCGAGGUGAGAUUUCCCCAACUCCUCCCAGCGCCUCAACGUUCUUCUGAAAGCGAGAAGAUGGCGGAUUAUCCUCAGGAUCGAGUGCCUCGAUACGCUACUUCAGCCUUUGCUGGCGGUCCUGGUGGAUCAGUAGGGUCCAACUAUACCCAGGUUGUGCAUACCAAAACUACAGGAGGGGGAAAGGACGGAAGACCGUCAACAGCCGGGUCUGCCACGGCUCGCCGUCAACAUAUUCGACUUCGAUCAGGCACUGAUGAGGGCUCGUGGCAGCGUGUCACCCCUCAAGAUGAACUGGACAGAACAAAGAAGAGCCUCGAUCUUCUGAUUGAUAGCGAUGAAACUCUCCACUACACGCUGACUCCUGCGUCUGCUAGAGCUGCUAAUGAGGGAUCCAAGCCCAAAGUCAAAAGCCAGACGCAGGAAUUGGCUGAAUUCUUUCGAAACACUGUGCCACCUGGAGAGGAACCAGUCCGGCCCAAAUCAUCUCGGUCUGCGAAAGAUGCGCUUAGUGGUCUCCGAAUAAAUCCUCCAUUGUCUCCCAAGCUACCGUUAUCUCCCAAACUUCCACUUUCUCCUAAGCUUCCACUCAGUACGAAGAGCGCUUCAUCUCAGUCGGCAGCCCAAUCAUCCGUGACGUCAGCUUCGCGGCCUAAGAAUCCCAUAGGCGAGCCACGGGAUGCCAGAAUGGCACGGAACACGACAAGAGACCUCGCGGAUUAUGCACGCUCAACUGGCCCAGAAAAUGAUAUGCAGCUUCCCAAAUCACUGGGGACACGGCCCGGAACUGCUCAAGCCGUCAGGACGGCAGACGGAUUUAUCAGAGAGAAAGAUGGCGGAGCAGGGCCUUCCGAUGAAAAAGGUGGCGAUAGACGUCCUGGCACCACUUUAGGAAAACCCGCCAACCGCCUCAAGUACCAGGCACGGGAUGCUCGAGCUCCACGAACAGCCGGAAGCUCUGACCUGAUUGACUUUAUCAGAGAGGGACCUCCACGAGCACCGGGCGAACAUCGAAUUGAUCGGCAUGUCGCGCCUUUUCGGACGACUAUGGACUCUGAUGAUUUAAAUGCCCUUGCCCCCCCACCGGAACUUGAUGUCAAUGGACGUACCUCUGACGGGAGCGCCCAAGGAAGCGCUAUUACUGUCAAGUCGAUGCCAUCCUCCAUGAAUUCCCGCACCGGUCUGCUCGACUCGACGAAUCUCGCAGCAAACAAGUUCACAAACGGUGUUGGAUCUGCUCCAAAUUCAAUUUCAAGACAACCUGUCAUCCCUGAAGCAGAUGGUAUGCCAAAGAAAACCAGAAGACGGGUUCGUGAUCCGUAUGCCAUUGAUUUCAGUGAUGAAGAAGAUGAAGACCUGGAAGAGUUCGCCCCACCGAAGCGUCGAACCGAGGAGGAAUCACUGGUUGAUUUCCUCCGGAACACUGCCCCCCCACCAGGAAUGACAACUCUACCAAUUCUUGCCGCAAAUCCAAACCCGACCCAGCCAGACCCUUCAACAAUGGUAAAACGAUCAGCCAGCAGCUCGAAGUUGAAGGACUACCUCCAGAAUACCACGUCAGGCAAGAAUGGAGUUACCACCAAACCCACCAAUGGAGCGCGAUCGGAGUCUCCCCAUCUAACACGGGUUGGCUCAAAGCUAGACAAAUAUCGGCCCACUCAGCCUACACACGCAGCGCAUGUUGAGCGAAAUCGGCAAAAGAUGCGUGCUGAGCCAAGAGAUGCGACCGUGUCUAAUGUUGGGGGGACAGCUGAUCUUGCGGCGUACUUGAAGAGUUCUGGGCCACCUCCGAGCAUAGAAACACCAGCUCAACGAUUCGUCAAUACCACGGGGAGGGACCAAGCAGGAUUCAUGAAAUUCUUUCAGAGACGGGGAAGUGUGAAAAGUGAGAAGAAGUGA